UCUCCUCAGAGUGUCCUCAACACCGUGACGUGUUUUUGUCGUUCUGUGUUCUGUCAGGCCAGCAGUGGAGUGAAGCAGUGGAACAAACGCUGGUUCGUCCUCACUGACAGAUCUCUCUUCUACUACAAAGAUGAGAAGGAGGACACGGUGUUAGGGAGUUUGCCAUUGCUCAGUUUUCGGAUUCGUCCAGUGGAGCCGUCGGACAACAUCACCCGCAAGUUUGCAUUUAAGGUGUGGCUGGAGGAGAAGGAGGGUGAGGACGGUGACCUGAGGAACUCCUCUGUUUUCUGUAUGCAGGCGGAACACGCCGGGACCAGGACAUACUUCUUCAGCACAGACCGCCAUGACGAGCAGGAGGAGUGGAUCGCAGCCAUGAGUGAGGCUGCACAGGUGGAACUUCUGCCAACACACAGAACCAACUCCUCGGACACUACGGUGGAGUCAAACCAAACCAUGGUGACCAAACCAUCAGACUCGGAGAAGAGUUCAACCGCCCAGACGCACAGUGAAACUGAAAACAACUUGUCCACACAUUCAAAGACUAAUGGAGCGGACAGUCUAGAGACGCCUACGCCUUCUACGCCCUCUUCUGACCUGCAGGGCAAAAACAGUGAGAGAAGGCGAGGGGAAGGUGGAGGGAAAGGUGAAGACGAAGGAGGUGGAACCGCUCCUGGUCAUGGUUCUCACGCAAAUCAUCAUCCAAACGGGUGGGGCAACCACAUCCCUUCCAACAAUGCACCACACAUCAGCAACAACAAGCAACAUCUACCGCACAGGGGUCAAGGCGCAGCUCGAGGAACACCGGGGCACCCGGAGGGUGAGAGGAGGAGGGAGCAGCAGGAGAAUGUGGUUCUGAGGAGAGGCCCUGGAAACAGGAUAGUUCCAGAGAAGGUGGCCCAGAGGAAGAGCUCCAUGUUCCAGCUACAGCAGUGGGUCAAUGAGAGGAGGGGCGUGGCUUCACAGGAGGACAUCAACAGUCCAUCUCGAUACUACACAGUAAACAGAGGCAUCUCUGCUGACUACUGUCCCUACCCUGGUGGCCCCCCGUAUAUGGAUGAGUACCCGCUGUACGCACCAGGGGGGAGACCUGAAAGCAUCUGCACCAUCUCUGCUGUGGGGGGCUACGACCAACGCUGGGCUAUGGAGGAGAAGCGCCAUUCCCUGAGGGAUGGACCCCCCCACCUGUAUGGACCCCCGAUGCCCAGGGACUCGUGGGGGCCACAGUACUAUGGUGGAAUGGAAGCAUCCAUGCGGCGUCUUUCCAUCCAGCCCCGCUCCAGGUCUGUGCCCAGGUCGCCUUCCUCAUCAUCGGGGGGGCCCUACUCACCGGUGCCCCCUGGCUUUAUGUCCCCGGCUCGGUCGCUGUCAGCGCGCUUCGAUCGUUAUCAGGGGCGGAUGCGGGAGGAUGUUAUCUAUGCUGAUCCAUCCAUCUACAGCAUGAGGAGGUCCCUCAGCUCACCCAAGUAUGAUUACCCUGGGGAUAGGAGGUCCCUAAGCCAAGGAUUAUACCACCAUAACUACCCCGUUUCCCCCUCCAUCCACAGUAAAAUGGAGGACAUAUUAGACCUUCAACUCCAACGCAAUCUGGAUUAUCUAGACCAACAGGUACUGGGCAGAAGCCACCUAGACGGUAUGGUCAGCCGCAUGGUGAAGCGUUCAUCCUCAUCAGCAAAGCUGUGUGUCCAAGUGCCUCCGUUCCAUGAUGUGUACAGUAGAGAGUUACAUCCAACACUCAAAUUGAAUGAGAUUGAAACCAGUAAACUCUUAGGUCGACUGUGCGAGCAGAACCAAAUACUGAAGGACCACGAGGGUCUCGUCCACCGCCUGAGAAUGGACAAGGACAGCCUAGAAGAAGCGCUGGUGUCCACCCACCAGGACAUGGAGCUCUACCAUAAUAAACCCGUGGCCAUGGAGAAACUGCAGAUGAAAAAGGAAACGCUGCAGAACCAGCUCAUCAACAUCCGAGGAGAGCUGUCACAAGCCUCCAGUGGCUUAACCACAGCUCGCAUGGAGUUUGAAGCUCUGGAGGACGAAGCCCACGCCAUCCAUGGAGACCUGUGGGAGCAGCUCAAUGCUGGAGGACAGAGUGAACUGGUUCGUCGGCACAUCCAGAAAGAGUUCUGGAGAGUCCAGGAUGUUUUAGAGGGACUGCACAAGAACAACUCAUCCAGAGGAACAGACACAGCCAAGCACAGAGUGACCAGCGGUCCAUCAGGUUCCUUUAGCACCAAUAGUCCUGCCAGUCCCUUGAGCUCAAUAAGCCUCACCAGUCCACUCAGUCCUUUCUCCCCAGUGCCCGGCUCCCAGGCAUCCCUUACCAAACCCCUGGGCCUGGAGCGCAAGUUUGCUGAACAAAACAGCGAGAAGCAGGACCAGGUCCAGGAUAGACAUUCCACCAUGAAUAAAGUUGGCAUUGUUCCUCCUAGAACCAAGGCCCACACAGGUCAAGCACACAGCGGCCCAGCAGAUGUUUCUAAGCAUAAUGGUAGAGUUCCCAAUGGAAUUUCCAGGGAGCGUCCAAAGAGUGCUGUGUUUACUGCAGAGGCCAAGUCAAAAAUGAGUGUCCAGGAGCAGAACGAACGACUCCGCCGAAACCAGAGCAGCUCCAUGAGGGAGAAGAGGCGGAGUCUGAACCUGUCAGGAGGCCAGUCUCCAGCCAACUACAAAGUGGUUCGCCGGCGGCUAACAGCUCAUGAAAUUGACAUCAAGGAUCUGGAGGCAGCCGUCCGGGAACAGGGACAAGAGUCACCACGAGAGGAGAUCGCUCGACUGAGACGGCUGCAAAUUGAGCCGGAACAUUAUCAGCUGGAGAACAAACUGUUCAUGGCUCCUGACAAGAUUCUGAUCCCAGAACGCAACCUGGACUUAGAGGACGACUCCCCCUUGAGUCCUGAGGAGCAGAUGGAGAAGCAGAAAAAACUGGAGCGGAUCAAGACCCUGAUUGCCAAAUCAAAUCUGCAGAACAUGGUUCCUCUCCUGGAUGGACCGACGGAGGGUGGAGCUCCUGCCAGCUCCCAGCAGCAGCUGCAGGAGCAGGAGAAGCUGAUCGAGAUCUCCUGCACACUGGCUACAGAGGCGUCUCGACGCAGCCGCAUUCUCUCUGCUCAGUGUGUCCCUAGCUCCCCUACGUCCCCGACCAGACAGGCUACUCCCCCUUCCUCUGCUGACUUCCCCAGCUCUGCCCACACCAUGAAGGUGUGAGCUUGACCAGCUCAAGCUAUGGCUGCUGUCGAGUUUGACGGAGCAUCUUUUUGAGGAUGACUGUACAAUUGAAAAAAAAAAAAAAUGGAGAUUAUUUUUUAAAGGACUAACGCUGAUUUGAAAAGGCAUGGACAUCUUUCAAAUAAAAAGUGAACAUUAUGGUUGACGCUGUAAAGACUCUAAAGUCCAACUUUUCAAACAUCCGAUUCAAGCCUCCAGUUUUUUGGGUUUUUUUUUGUCCUGUGACACAAGGAAAGACUGUGAUCCCUUAACCACUACAGCACUAGUUGUGUAACAUUUCUACAUUAUUUGCUCAGGACAUGAUCGACAAAGCAGAGAUGUUAUUGAUGAAAUUGUGGUUUUAGCUUCUGGAGGCAAAGGCAAGUGAAUAAAAGAAUAGAAAGUUGACUCUUCUGUAAAGAACGGCCCGAGUGUUAAACCUCUCGAGAUGAAUCUGUGUCACUGAGGUCAACGAAACAAACA